ACUUAUCUCUUAAAACAGUUCUCUGCUGUGAAAUCAACCUGGAUGAUCACCGUGUCCUCCUCCCAAAACCCUUAUUGCUUCAUGGCUCAGCCUUCCGCCACCCACCACAUCCCGUCCGAUUCCGACUCUGAACCUGAUGACUCUACCUCUACCACUCCCUCCUUUCUAUCAGAUUUUCAUAAGCCGACACAAAACCCAGCUAUCUACCAUCUCUCCUUCAAUCAAGACUACGGCUGCUUCGCUGCGGGUCUCGAUAAUGGGUUCUGUAUCUACAACACCGACCCGUUCAAGCCCCAAUUCCGUCGCGACCUAGGUUCGCGGGGCGGAAUCGGGCUUGUGACCAUGCUCUUCCGUAGCAACAUCAUCUGCUUAGUGGGCGGUGGACCUGAUCCCAUGUACCCAACGAGUAAGGUAAUGAUCUGGGAUGACCAUCAAUCGCGUUGUAUCGGCGAGUUAUCAUUCCGGUCAGAGGUAAAAAACGUUAAGUUACGACGAGACAAGAUAAUCGUUGUAUUGCUACAGAAAAUUUUCGUGUACAAUUUCGUAGACUUGAAGUUGAUACACCAAAUCGAGACGGUUUUGAAUCCAAAAGGGUUGUGUGAGAUAUCUAAUACUUCGUCGCCAAUGGUUCUGGUUUGCCCUGGCCUUCAAAAGGGGCAAAUUAGAGUGGAGAAUUACGGGUCGAAAAGAACAAAAUUUGUUAUGGCACAUGAUUCGCGGAUCGCUUGUAUGACUCUGACUCAAGAUGGCAGGUUGUUGGCUACUGCCAGUAGUAAGGGCACUUUGAUUAGGGUUUUUAAUACCUUGGAUGGAUCGUUAUUGCAGGAGGUUAGGAGAGGUGCAGAUAGAGCUGAAAUAUACAGUCUUGCAUUCUCUUCAAAUGCUCAGUGGUUAGCUCUCUCAAGUGAGAAGGGAACUGUCCAUGUAUUCAGCCUCAAGGUUGAUUCAGGAUCACUGGUGACGUUAGCGAAUGAUAGAUCUCAUGUUGCAUCUGAACCAAAUCAGUCUGGUGGUUUGGGCAUUUCGUCCCUUUCCAUUUUGAAAGGUGUAUUGCCGAAGUAUUUCAGCUCAGAGUGGUCAGUGGCUCAGUUUCGAUUAACUGAAGGAUUGCAGUAUCUUGUUGCGUUUGGCCACCAGAAGAACACAAUUGUAAUUAUUGGCAUGGAUGGAAGCUUCUACCGAUGUGAGUUUGACCCAGAAAACGGUGGAGAGAUGACUCAGCUCGAACAUCACAAUUUCUUGAAUUUGGACAAUUUCUUGAAGCCAGGAGAAACUUUUCCAUAAGCCAACUUAAAGAUGUUUUCUACUCUAGCUGAUAAUUAUUGCUAAUAAUGCGUUUUGUACAUUUUUAGGGAAAAUAUAAGAAUUUGUGAUAAAUGUUGCAACAUUGAGUAAUUACAUCAGGAAGAGCUUCGAGUGUGUUGAGUUGAGGCGUUUGUAAAUACCCAUUAUAAUAUUAUUCGUAUCCUAGAAGUAUGAAAAGAGUAUAAAAAAAUUCGUGCAUUCUCAGGGUGUA